GAGAACCAGGAGCUGAUCCAGACGCAGAAGCAGCUGAUGGAGAAACUGAAGGUGGACCCACAGAGAUGAUCUGAGUUCCUGAGGUAAAGUCCUGCAGAUCCACCUGGUCCUCAACGUCUGUUCCUUCUGAUUGAAUCUCAGAAACACGAGCAGGAGGUUCUGUCAGCGGUGGAGACGUCUGAGCGGAGGAAACAGAGGAGGAGGAAACAGGAGAGAGGAGAGGAGGAGGAGGAGCUUCAGAACGCCAUGACGGCCUCUCUGAAGGAGGGCUGGUUGUUGCUCCUCCACCUGCUGGAGAGACGUCAGGAGGUCCUGAUGAUGGCGGCUGAGUUUUACCGCCGAGUGAUGGAGGUGAGGAACACGGAGGUCUUCAGACUAACUCUCUCUCUCUCUGCUUCUUCUAAAAACUGAACCUUUGAAAUAAUAAGAGGUUCUGAUUAGAUUAUCGGACCUCCAACAACAUGAGCAGGAUUAGGAAAACCCAGAUUCAGGAUCAUCAUGAUCCUAGCACAGGUCUGGAUUCUGAACUGGGUCACUGUACAGAGACAACAAGACCAGAUGGGUUCAGGUUCAUGUAACAGGACUUUGGGUUAAUGUAUAUUUGCAUCAGAAGAUUCUGGUUCUGAAGGAGCCCGAGGUGUGAGAGAGAGAUACACAGACAGAGAUAUGUUUUUAUCUGAAAGAUCCAACAGUUACAAACUCAAGCAGAAAUAAAUAACAAUCUAGUUUUACAACAUUAUCAUAAACCAUGGGGCGAUUAUCCAGUUCAGCCUCCACCAAACCUCACUGCAGUUUAGCACAGAUCUACUAAAAAGUUCUUCAGCUGCUCAAAAUUAACGUGUCGCAGGGAAAAAAAAUUAGCGACUGUAACGUCAGUCCAUGGCCGACAUUUCGUCUUUCUUCUUCUACCAACAUUAAAUACUUUACCCUGAUUUUCUUCGACAUAUAUAUAUUUCUUAUACACUUACCGGCCACUUUAUUAGGUACACCAUGCUAGUAACAGGUUGGACCCCCUUUUGCCUUCAGAACUGCCUCAAUUCUUCGUGGCAUAGAUUCAACAAGGUGCUGGAAGCAUUCCUCAGAGAGCUUGGUCCAUAUUGACAUGAUGGCAUCACACAGUUGCCGCAGAUUUGUCGGCUGCACAUCCAUGAUGCGAAUCUCCCGUUCCACCACAUCCCAAAGAUGCUCUAUUGGAUUGAGAUCUGGUGACUGUGGAGGCCAUUUGAGUACAGUGAACUCAUUGUCAUGUUCAAGAAACCAGUCUGAGAUGAUUCCAGCUUUAUGACAUGGCCCAUUAUCCUGCUGAAAGUAGCCAUCAGAAGUUGGGUACAUUGUGGUCAUAAAGGGAUGGACAUGGUCAGCAACAAUACUCAGGUAGGCUGUGGCGUUGCAACGAUGCUCAAUUGGUACCAAGGGGCCCAAAGAGUGCCAAGAAAAUAUUCCCCACACCAUGACACCACCACCACCAGCCUGAACCGUUGAUACAAGGCAGGAUGGAUCCAUGCUUUCAUGUUGUUGACGCCAAAUUCUGACCCUACCAUCCGAAUGUCGCAGCAGAAAUCGAGACUCAUCAGACCAGGCAACGUUUUUCCAAUCUUCUAUUGUCCAAUUUCGAUGAGCUUGUGCAAAUUGUAGCCUCAGUUUCCUGUUCUUAGCUGAAAGGAGUGGCACCCGGCGUGGUCUUCUGCUGCUGUAGCCCAUCUGCCUCAAAGUUCGACGUACUGUGCGUUCAGAGAAUGCUCUUCUGCCUACCUUGGUUGUAACGGGUGGUUAUUUGAGUCACUGUUGCCUUUCUAUCAGCUCGAACCAGUCUGGCCAUUCUCCUCUGACCUCUGGCAUCAACAAGGCAUUUCCGCCCACAGAACUGCUGCUCACUGGAUAUUUUUUCUUUUUCGGACCAUUCUCUGUAAACCCUAGAGAUGGUUGUGCGUGAAAAUCCCAGUAGAUCAGCAGUUUCUGAAAUACUCAGACCAGCCCUUCUGGCACCAACAACCAUGCCACGUUCAAAGUCACUCAAAUCACCUUUCUUCCCCAUAAUGAUGCUCGGUUUGUACUGCAGGAGAUUGUCUUGACCAUGUCUACAUGCCUAAAUGCACUAAGUUGCCGCCAUGUGAUUGGCUGAUUAGAAAUUAAGUGUUAACGAGCAGUUGGACAGGUGUACCUAAUAAAGUGGCCGGUGAGUGUAUAUAUCUAUGCAUACUGCAGCUACAGCGGAGAAGAGUGAACAGGUGAACUCCUGAACUUAGAGGAAGUUGGGGAGUCGGGAUAACGACCGAAGGUUACCCUACUGCUAUAAAAGCUUUUAAUCGUGGGUUCGAUCCUGGUUCAGGGUUAGUCUGUAUUUGACAGACAGUCUGAGGGAGUAAAGACGAGCUCCAGGUCCUGCUCAGAUCCAGAAUCAGGACCACAGUCCCUUCAUUAGGGGGUCCUAACAAGGUGGACUAGACCCACAGUUGCUGCCUCCUCUGUCUGACCCGGAUGUUGAUGGUCCUGCUCAGUGACCUCUGACCCUCACAGGAAGACGUCUCUGUCUAUUGUCAGUCUGCUGUGACCUCUGACCCCUGACCUCCUCUGUGGGUCUACAGCAGACUCAGGUUCUGAUUUAUCUCCUGUCUCCACAAAGAACAUUUGUUCCCCCGGCGGCGUGUUUACUGUGUUUACUGGAUCUCUGGCGUGCCACAGAGAGCCGUGCUGAUUGGUCGACAGACUUUAUCACAAACACCUGCUGUGGUCUAGUCCGAACCAGCAGGAUUCUGGGUCUAUUUUAGUCCUCUGUACAUCCAGAGAGGGUCACAUCAGACCAGAUAUUCAUCUGUUUGUGUUACUAGAUGUUCACAGAUCCUACAGGGACAUUUGUAAUCCUCACAGUAUCGACCAAUCAGGAGUCAGCAGGCUUUAGUGUCACUAUGGAGAGCAAAAGGAGGAGGAGCUAAGUCCUCACCAGUUUAACUUUGACUCAUUUUUUUAGCAAAGAGACUAAACACAACUCACCUACUCUCUUCCAGCAGACGCUUGUUUGUAGAGAGACCUCAGGCCAGUCCAUUACAGACUACAGCAGGGUGACACAGCUCAAGGAAGAACAUUUAUGAUCAUUUCUUUAUCAUUUCCUUGAAGUAAUAAUCACCAUAUUAAUCAUUUUACAGACGCUGUAGUUCUUCUGUCUCAGCAUCUCGGUCUGAUUGUAUUUCCAUGAAGAAAUGAUCAGUAACAGAACCUCAUUGAAAAAUUAGCUGAUUUAACUUUACUGUGCUCUUGUUCAAAUAUAUUAACUCGACAGCACAUAAAUCCAUACCUGUUAACAAAAUCAUGAUUUUAUUGAUAAUUCGGCUCAAUAAAAACACCUUUACCUUUUCAUUUUAACUACAGUAGAAGUUUCUUGACCAGCUUAUAGACGACAGAAGUGAAGAAACACCCCCGCUUAAGUUUGUUUUCUUAGAAGUUAGAACAACUCUGAAUCUAGUGCUAUGUCUGUGACCCUAUAUGUCCUGUUGAUGAAGUUAGGUGCUGUUCUGAGCAUUAUUUGUGGCUAUAGAGUGGCGUUUUGGUUGGGGGCGUGGCUCUCUGUAUUUCUAUCCUGCGGUCGUUACUAAAGUUGGUAUAACUAGAGAAGCAAGCGGUCGACAACAUUCAUCUCUGGAGGGGGGGUCUAACUCGGUGUUACGGUGUGUUUGACUCUAACUUUUAUCCCUUUAACCUCCCUGGAUUCAGUCUCUGCUGAAAAACGUUCCUCUGAAGAUUUGACUGUGAGGAGGACAAGAGACAGACGCUGAUAAUUAAAACUCCUGAGAAGCUCCACUGACAUCCGUCCGUCCGUCCGUCUCUCUGUCCGUCUGUUUGUCUUCUCACAGUUUUCGUCCAGCAUCGACAGAGCUGAGGAUCUUCAGGUCUCAGCAGACACCCACAGACAGACGGACAUGGAGCUCCUCUAUGAGUCCAUGAGGAGAGGUAAGCAGAGCUCAGACCGGUCUGGAGAGUUCUGGUGAGUUCUUCUUUCAGAUCCUCCUGAACCUCCUUCUACAGGAUCAAACCCAGUUUCUGUUUCUGUGUCUGAUAGUCGUCUUUUUCUCUGAUUUCAGACCUUCUGGGAAAGUCUCUGCAGGUUCUCACCAGCAGCAGCCUUCUGCUGCAGAAGCUCCGACAGCUGCAGAGGACUGAGGCCCUCCAGAGGAGAGGGGGAGUACUGCAGGGUGAGGGGGAGGAUGGACAGGAGACGCAGGAGGAGAAGGUGAGAUCGGUUUUCUCACAGACAGAGACAGAGACAGAGACAGAGUGUGUUUUUAUUCGUCUGUCUUCUCUGCAGGGUUCUCAGCUCAGCAGGGGGGCGGCGCUGAGGCUGGAGGAGCUGGUGGAGACGCUGCAGGACCGCAGGAGGAGGGCGGACCAGUCCAUCAGGCAGCAGCUACAACAGGCCAAGAACCUCACCACCAACACCACGGUCCAUGAAGAAGAACCCGAGGAGUCCAAGGAGACCAGCUUCGAGGUGAGAGAGGAGGACACUGUUAGACCAGGUCCAGAUUUAAUGUUUUAGGACCACCGUGGACCCAGAACCAGGAGAGCGGGAGCAGACAGGAAGUCUCUCUACCGGGUCAGACGGGUUCAGGUUCUUUUACUGUUUUAGGACUUAUUGGAGAUCUGACCCUGAAGACAUCACACACCAAAACCUGUCCACUUUAAAACCCAGGUCCCUGAGUCCGUGUCCCUGAGUCCGUGUCCCUGAGUCCACAUCCCUGACAGUCUUGGAUUAGAUGGGAGGACUCGAACCUCAGCGGUGACUCACCGGUCUGUCCCGUCCCGUCUUGGGUUCAGGAUAUAAAUACUAGACCUGCUCACAGCGAAGUUCCCGACCCCAUGAGGACUGGAUUUAAAAAUAUUCUGCCGGGCUCUGAGGACCCCGAAAUAAACCAGCUGAUCCACGUGUCCCACAAACCUUUAAACAGGGUAAAACCAAAUCCAGGAAACCUCCAAGACCCUCUGAUAGGGGAGACCGGGGCUUGUUGUCACAUUGCAGUUAUCUUCUCCACCAGAGGGCGCCACUAAAAAUCCAAACUGUAGAACGCUGUAGGAUGGUAAGGGAAGGUCCCACCCUCCUUCGCUUUUGAUUGGCUAUAAGUGCUGACCGUUUGGCAUGAGAUGACGUUUCCAGCUUUUCUAGCCAAUCAGAGGCGAGGAUGCAGGACUUUCCCCAGGAUGUGUCUUUUUCCCCCGAAAGUCGCAAAACCGCAUCGGGCUUGAUGUGUAUAUGUAUAUAUAUAGUAUACAUAUAUAUAUAUAUAUAUGUAUAUAGAUGUAUCUAUAUACAUAUAUAUAUAUAUAUGUAUAUAGAUACAUCUAUAUACAUAUAUAUAUAUAUGUAUAUAUAUAGUAUACAUAUAUAUAUAUAUGUAUAUACUGUAGAUGUAUCUAUACCCGCUUCGGCCCGGGGAGUGAGGAGCUUUAAGUUUAAAUGUUUUUUUUUCUUGUUUUUUUAUAUUUUUGUUUUUAAUUUUCAAAAUAAACUAAAACUAAAACUAAAACCCUCUUUACUCCAGGACCUGACCAUCCUCGAGAUCCCAGACCAGGACCAGCUGUCUGAACCAGAACCAGACCUGAGGCCCGGCUCCACAAGAGAAGCCAGAGGACUGAAGUCUGGACCCACACCCAGACCCAAGCACACCACAGACCAGGAGCCCAGAUCCAGUCCAGAUCUGAGAUCCAGAUUAAAAUAUCUGCAGCCGGACUCUAGACCAGGUCUACAGUCCGGGUCCAGACCAGAUCUGCCGUUUGGACAUGGACUACAGAAAACCAAGAUUCUGGACCCUGUGGAGACCCUGAACCCCCCAGAGGGGUCUAAUCCAGACCUUCUGAUCAAGUCCAGAUUAGAGGAGACCAGAACCAAUAAUCCAGAACCAGGACCUGGAUUAGUCCUGAAACCUGGAUCAGACCCAGAGAAGACCAAAGAUCUGACCAGACCAGGACCCCAGUCUGGAUUCAAGUCCAAUAGGCCUGAGUCCAGACCAGAAGAAGACAGGAACCUGAGGAUUGAAUCCACAUCUGACCAGAUCCCUGAAUCCAGAUCAGGAUCCAGAUUAGAUGUAAAACCUGACUCUGGAUUAAAGUCCAUCAGAGACCUGGAGCCCGGAUCCAGAUUAAAGGAGAUCCAGACUCUGAAGUUCGGGAUCAAACUGAACCUGAGACCCAAAUUAGAGACCAGAGACCCGGGUCCUGGAGCUGGGUCAGAGGUGGAGACCGGAUCCAGACCAGUGAAGACCCCAGAACUGAGUCUAAAUCUGAGACCCAAGUCCAGGGCAGACCUGAGGCCUGAAGAGACCACAGACCCAUCACCUGGUCCCAGACCAGACCCCCAGUCCGAGUCCAGAUCAGAGGAGCUGAACCACCUUCAGAACAAAUCCAGAUCUGAGCCAGAAUCUAGACCAGGUCCUGGACCCACAUCAGGUUGGAAUAAGUCCAGACCAGGUCAAAAACCAGACCCUGAAACCAGAGACAUUAGUCCUGAAUCCAGAUCAGAGGAGACCACAAACCUCAGAUCUGAUUCAGAACCAGAAGGAACCAGAUCCUCUGAUCCAGGAUCCGGGUCAGGGACUCAGCCGGGACCAGGACCACAGGAAACCAGGGAACCUGAGGCAAGAACCAGAACCAUUCCAGAUCAAAAACCAGGAUCCAAGUUGGAUCCUGGAUCAGAAGAAAACCAGGACCUCUCAGAGGAGCCUACAGAGACCCGUCCAGGUUUCGGUCUAGUCCUCAAACUGGAGGAGAACCUAGACCCUCAACCUAGAUCUAGACCAGACCUGGAGAUAGAGUCUAGGCUGAACAUGACCAAGAAUCUAGAGUCAGAAUCUAGACCAGAACCUGAACCAGGACAGGAGAAGACCAGGACCCUGCAGACCGGAUCAAGACCAGAGAUGGACCAAGACCUUCAGUCUGGAUCUGGAUCAGAGGUGAGAUCCUGGAUUUAAGACUCAUGGGUAAAAGAGGAUCAGGACCGACCGACCGGUGCUGCUGGAAAAUAAUUAAAAAAAUAUAUAUAUAUUAAUAAAAAAUAAUAAAAUAAAUAAAAAUAAUUACUGAUAAAAGUAAAUAAAGAAAAACAGAGAAAAAUAAGAAAGAAAAAAAAGUAUAUUUAUAUAUAUAUGCAUUUACAUAAAUAAAUAUAAAGAUACUUUUUGUUUUUUUGUCUCUUAAAUUCCUUUUAUUAUUAUUAUUUUUAUUUUAGUAUUGUUUAUUUUCCCUCUCCUGUUUUAUCUUAUUUUCAAAUGUUUUCUGUUUUAUAAAACUCCCCAAAACAAGAACUCACACACACACACACACACACACACACACACACACACACACACACACACACACACACACACACCUGGCUUCUCUAGGUACCCAGGUUCAGACAGGUCUAUCUCAGUUCAAUAGUCCUUCUGGAGCUCUUGUCUUCAUCUUCUCUGGUCUCUAAGAGUCCUGCUGGUCUCUCUCUCUCUGUCUCUUUUUUCAUGUUUUCCAGGAUGAAGACCUCCAUCAUCUGACCGAGGUGAAGACCAAAGACCAUCAAGUUGUUCCUGUGAAGUCCAGCAGGUGAGAUAUCUGAGUUUUUAGUGGUGGUUUCAGUAUUUCCUCAUUUACAGAGAGAUAAACAGAGAUCUCCAUUCUGGUCUUCCUGUGUGUUAGUGUCCAGGUCGCAGAGAAGCAGAGCAUGCUGGGACAGGAAAAGGAGCAGACUCUGACCAAUCAGAGACAACAGCUGCUGUCGUCAUGUGAACAGCUGGUGGAUAAGGUGACGUCUUCUCCGUUGUUCUUUCAGUCUUUGUUCAUAAUCACAAAUUAAAGCUCCUGAUUCCUGUGGUUCUGGUUCAGAUCUGGGUCUGGGUGCAGCGGGGCAGCAGUGAUCUGUCCAACAGUUCUGAGGCGGGACAGCGUCUCUCCGAGGCCGAGGACAGUCUGAACACACACCUGCAGCUGCACCGCCAGGCCCAGGUAAACACACGGUUCUGACUCUGACCCAUGAUCCCUCCGAGCGCCGCUGUUCCAACAUCUAAAAACCUUUAACCUGACCGUCUCCGCCUGUUUGUGAUCAGCUGAGGAGUCCGGCGAUCCGCAGAGGAACGGAAAGAAUUCGGUGUAAAUUGACACGUUAACUUGAAUGGUUACGAUCAGCUACGAUCGGAGGAUACGACCUUUUAGGAGACGAUCAGGAUGAAGGUGGAGGUCGGGGGGUGACCCUCAGUGAACUUGUUGGAUCUCUUUGUUUCCAGUCUGCAGGUCACGACGCCGUUAACAUGACCCAGAUCCUGGAUCAGAUGAGGACUCUACAGACAGAUUUAUCCAGCAGAACCGGUCUCCGGUCUCCCUGUGAACCCAAACCUCAGCCGCCCCCUCUGAAGGUCCUGACGGAGCAGCUGAAGGAAGGAGCCGACACGGAUCAGACCAGUCCACUUCCUGCUGACCCGGCCGGUCCCCUGAGUCCUGAACUGACGGACAGAGUGGACCUGGUUCUGAAGGAACUGCAGAGUCUGAGCAGACAGAUCUCCUCACACCUUCAGCUGCUGGAGCCGUACGUCAGGUUCCUCAGAGUCGCUCAGAAGGUCAGUCCCUCCUCUGGAGUCCACCAUGACCGUUACUCUCAGCCUUCUUAAGGGGACCGUGGAGGUCUCAACAAAAACCAGAGUCCACAUGUAGACUGUGGGGGGAGUAAACGGCAGGUUCAAAGGUCAGGGUAUCAGCUGUUCUUCUGUUCUUCAGGUGGAGGAGGAGCUGGAGCAGGUGAUGGAGGUCCACAGAAGGAGGUCUGAGGAGGAGGAGACUCAGCGCUCCGUCUCAGGAGUGAAGAAGGAGCAGGAAACCCUGACCAAGUUUCUCACCUGUCAGGAACUGGGAAACGACUUUAUCAGGACCGUGUCUGAGGUGAUUGGACCGAACCAGGACCGGGGAUCUGGAUCAGGGUUUUUAGAGUGAUACAGAAGGAAUCUGGUUUUUGUUUGGGGUCAGAUAAAGGUUUGGGUUUGUGUUCUUGUCAGGUGUCAGGACCGGGUCUAAACGUGGAGGCCAUGGUGUCGCUGGUUCAUCGGACUCUGGAGCAACUCAGCAGAACCAAACAGGAGCUGGUUCUGCACCACCAGGUCCAGAUCCAGCAGCAGGAGCACAGCAGGACGUACCAGCAGAGGUUCCUCAAGGUACCUGAUGGCGGUUUUGUCCCCGAACACGGUCAAUAAACGAUUGUUCAUGACGGCGUUCAUAUUUCAGGUGAACGUGAUCGGAUCGUUCUUUAUUUACGUUUGAUUCGUAGAGACGAACUACAGACAAACGUUAGUGAGGACUGAACUAAACAUCAGGGAGACACCGGUACUCUGAGGGCUGUCCUCUCUACUGUAUACCUGCUCGGAUUAGGAGAUGAAGAUAAUCUGACGCAGUUUCAGAUUAAAAUCAUCUGUCUGUGGUUCUUUAUGAGCGCCGUAAAAAUCUGGACAAAUAAAAACUUACAGACAAAAAAAAAACUCAAUUCAUUUUUGGGAACCAUGAAAAUGUGGAAUUAUGAACUUUGAACUUUCCAAACUCUGCUUGAUGGUCAGACCACCCAGAACCAGGACCGGACUGUAGAACUGUAGAACUGUAGUCCCUUUAUAAAGGUCCUGAAGUGGACCAUAAGAACCCGUCUGUUGUACUGAAGACCUCUUUGUGUCCUGCAUGUAUCCAGACUCUGCAGGACCUUAAAGGGGUCUCCGAGCUGCUGGACUCCUGCACUCAGAUGGACCUUGGCUCAGACCUGCACACCACCAGGCUGCUGGACCACUUCAAACGGGCCAGACCACAUUUCAAGGUGAGAGUCCGGACUCUGGGUCUGAGACGGUCUUUUAGACGGACCGUUUGGACCGUUUGGACCCUCUGAUUGUAAAACCAACCUGAAGUCUGAGGGUUCUGCUCUUCUUCUUCUUCUUCUUCUUCUUCUUGUUUUACAGCAGCUGGACGCUGAGGUGGAGGAUCUAGUCAAGACCCGGGAGACUCAAAGAGGGGUCCAGGUCCAGGAGGAGGAUCUGUCAGCACUGCUGGAGCUCCAAGAGAGAGUGAAGACCAAGAUCCAUCAGAGCGAGUCCAUCCUGGAUCUGAGCAGCAGCUUCCACCUCGCCUCACAGCAGGUGGGUGGACUCUGUUUCCAUGACCCACAGGAACCGGGGCCUCCCUGUUCCUAAGGGUCCGACUCUGUUUCAUUGGGUUCACUUUGAAAACCUGAGGGUCACCUCCAGUCCAGGAUGAGGAUCUGCUCAGGGGUUCAAAAAUAUGGACUUUUCAGACUCACAGAAAGUUGAAUUGAAUGUUGUUUUGUGUCGGUCCAGUUGGAGGCGCUGCUCAAAUCCGAACCACAGAGACCCUUAACUGGUCCAAAAGGUCUACAUGGAUCCAGUGAGGCUGAGGAGAGUCUGCAGAGAGAGAAACAGAACCAGAUCCAGGGUCUGUUAAAAACCGCUUCAGCACUGAAGACCGACAUCUGCACGGCUGUGGACCUCAGAGUAUGUUCUGGUUCUGUUAUUAGAGCGGACUCUUAGGUCCUGGACCCGACACUGACUCUGAGUCUGUCCUCUGUAGGGUGGGACCGGUUUCAGGGUGGACCAGCUGGAGGCCCGUCUUCUCUCUCUGGACUCGCUCUGUGUCUUGUGGCUGAAAGAAGCUCGACAACAAGAACAGAACCAGCAGCUGACCCGGCAGUUCAACAACGACAUCAACCAGGUGAGGCCGGGAGAACCCAGCUGACCCUCAGAGCUGAGGGCCAGGGUCAUGUGACCGCUCCUUUUUAAAGGUUUAGUGAAACCAGGUGACCCGCCGAUAGGGCUGAGCGAUAUGGUAAAAAAAUCAGCUGAUAUCGAUCAAUCAGCUGAUAUCGAUCAAUAUCAGGAUAUAAAAAUCUAACAGUGUUUAUUGGUCUCAUGUCUUUUCCAACACAAUAAUCUCCUGCAUCUGUGAGGUCUUUGAGAUGUUCCGCCUUCGCCUGUGGUCUAUUUGGGAUGUUGUUGUUCACCAGUAUGACCAGCAGAGGGGGCUGCAGACAUCCAUCUCUAUGACCAAAUCUCAGCAGUCAGAGUCCGGUCUGCCAAAUACUCACUUCCUGAAUGACUUAAACUUUAGCGGAUCAGUAAACUCUCUGUGGUAGUUUCUAAGCUCCGCCCCUUUCUUCUGGUCUGACGGCCCUACUCUGGACUGAUGAUGAACUCCUCCCUGCUCCUCCCUGCUCCUCACAUCCGUCUGUUAUUUCUGACAGACAGCUGUUGAAGCAGCACGGACUUAGAUGGCACUGAUCCGAGGCCGCCGCCCUCAUUUUAUCAGAGUCUAAAUAUAACCCGAGUCAGCAGGACAGAUUUAGGUUUUAUUGGAGUCCAUAAAAACCUCGGAGCUUCGUCAGCCGGGGUCAGCCUGUGUGCUCUCUCCAAGAAAACCAGGUCAAAGUGAGCAGAAUAAAAAAACCUCAGGUCUGUUUUUCGAGGAUUUAGGUGAACAGGAAACUAAACUCAGCAUCACUGAUGAUCUUUGUCAGAUUCUGGGCCGGUCCGUUCUUCUGUAAGGAACAGAACAAGGUCCACUUCAGUUAGAAUGAACCACAGUGAGUUCUGAGUUGGACCUGCAGCACCGAUCAUGUCCUGGACUAAAGUUCCUCCAGCUGAAGAGACCAAAGGAUCAAACUGGGAACUUUACUGGUUAGACUGGGAUCUGUGAUUACACAGAGGAGCAGCUGCUGGGAGAGGAGUGUGUGUGUGUGUGUGUGUGUGUGUGUGUGUGUGUGUGAGAGAUCAGCUGGACCGAUCGACAGAAAUACAGCCCGAGUCAUUCAGUGGGUAUUUCCCAUCAUGCACCUGGUGGUGUGUGUCAUCAUUACAGCGGCCUGCAGACAUCAGACACUCUCUCUCUGCACAUCUAGACUUCUGUCAGUCUGUGUGUCAUGUGUGGUCUGUAGUAUUCCCAAUCUAAGACUCACAGAUCUAUGACAUAGAUCUAUGUCAUAGAUCCUGAAAAAUAAAAAGGUUGAACUCUUCGUCUUCUGAAGGACUCACCUUUAUUUUUAGAAGAGGUCACACCUGUCCGAACGGUCCACAAUAACAGGAUAGACCUCACCAUCUGGACUGUCAUGCACUCACUGGCCUAAAGGGGGCAGCACUCCCCAUGAUGAUCACAGAUUUACUCUAGAUGUAGUCAUGUGACAUAACAAACCAAAACCCUUUAAAAACCAGUUUAAAAUUAAUCAAUCUGUGGUUAUUUAAAUGGUACAUGAAGCGAAGAAUGUUAGGAGAGGACGAGCUGCCUGAAGCAAGAUGGCCGCUAUGCACAGACGUUGGUCUCCAUUGGCGAACAGCGUGAGUAAGCCAUCUAGUGUUUAUAUAUAUAUACAUAUAUAUAUAUAUAUAUAUAUACGUAUAUAUAUAUAUAUAUAUAUAUAUAUAUAUAUAUAUAUAUAUAUGUAUAUAUAUAUAUGUAUAUAUAUAUAUAUAUAUAUAUAUAUAUAUAUAUAUAUAUAUAUAUAUAUAUAUAUAUAUAUAUAUAUAUAUAUAUAUAUAUAUAUAUAUAUAUAUAUAUAUAUAUAUAUAUAUAUGUAUAUGACUGAAACGCUGGAACUGAUGGAUCGGUCUGGGAUUGGUUAUCUCGGUUAGUCCAUCAGUCAAUCAGAGUUUCUCGAACUACAGCGAGCCAAGAAGUUUGUAAUCAUAAAAAAAUAAAUACAGAGAAAAAUAAGUGUGAGAAAUGUCAAGAGUGGCGUGAGAGAACGGGUCAAAUUGCGUGAGUGUCGCACUCAAGGCGUGACGUUUGUCAGCUCUGGUAUGGUUAAUACUCCAGAGUGUUUUAGAUGAAGGAUCGUGAAGACCGUGUGUCAGAUCCCUGGACUGGUCCUCAGUUGUUUUUCAGAGUCCCCGUUCAUCAGAUCCUGCUGAACAUUUCACAGCUGGAUUAACUGUCCCUUCAUCGAGGGGGACUUCUGUAAUCAGACUCCACCUCCGAGUCCGCCGCCAUGACCACUCAGGCCAAAGGAUUCGGGUCUGAGCUCGAGGGAAGGUGAGGUAUGACUGUGACCCCCCAGACUUGUUUGUGGUCUUCCUGCUGAGUCACAGUGACCUGAAGAUGAUCCGGUUCUAGUCCUCCUGGUCCAGAGAACCGGCUGAUGGUCGGUUAUUCUGAUCCCAGAUCUCAGUUAGCAGUCCCUCAAAGACGAAGUUAUUCAGUCAAUUCACACCAAUUUACGACACACACACACACACACACAAACACACACACACACACACACACACACACACACGCACACACGCUGACAAACCUCCGAGGUCAUGUUUACUGUGUUUUUAAUGUCACUGGGAGGUGGACCAGAACUGAGCGUGAGCUCGGACACAGUCAGUGUUGACUUAGAUACUUUGGCGUCUCUGUCGUCCGUCCUGGACUGAUGCACCACGUCAUUAUCUGGAAUAAUGGAAGAGAGUCCAGAGACCAGGGUCCUUGAACCAAAGCCACAAACUCUGUGGGUCUGUAUGAAAAUCUAAAGCUCACGUGGCUCAUGGUCCUCUGGGAUACGCCUCAGUUUGAGUUUUUAACUCUCUUUUGUCUUCUGGAGAACCAGAACUUUUCUUACAUUCUGGUUUUUGGAAAUUCCCCUGAACUAUAAGAAUUAUCCCAGACUUGGACCUGUUGAGAUCAGUGAACGGUCCCUGUCUUUAUUUGGGGACAGGGUCUUCUCAUGAGGUCCUCUAAUGAGGGACAGGUUCUUUAUUCUUCAGGAUAGUCCUUGUUUUUUGGUGGUACUUUAACUUGAUCAGCUGAUGGAUUCAGAGUUUUAGACGUCUCAUGGUGAACUCAGCGGUGGAUGAUCUUCUCUUUGACGUUUAGAGGCCCUACUCUUCUACUCUUGCUCAAUCCCAGAAGACUCCUGAUGCCCAGACCUCCACCUCAGCGUGUGGAAAACAAUCCGCCCUCCUCAGUCUCUGCUUUCAACACAUCAGUCCAUCCAACAAACACUGUCUCCAUCCACUUAUCUCCACCUCAGCUGCUCUCAGCCGACAGAUCUGCCAUCUGACACCCUGAUCCUCCUGUCCUCCUGCAGAGGUCUAAAAAUAACCUUAUUAAAGCUCUGGAGGUCUACAGGAACAACACAGCAGCAGCCAGCUGGAGCUGGGUCAGCUCCACCACAUCCUCAACGUCUACGAAAAGGUUGUGUCCUCCGAUCGUAGCUGAUCGUAACCAUGAAUUAAAACACCACCACAAAAUAAAACAUCCGGCUUCUUUUCAAAAUAAAACACUCCGUGUUUCAGGAGGAUCGUAUUUCACACCAUGCAAACGGGCGGAGACGAACAAGUGAAAGGUUUUUAGACGUCAUUUCACCCCGAUGACACCAUGGAUGAGGAGAUGCUGAUUCUAGAAGUCUAGAAGUAGAUUUCCUCCUCUGGAAGGACACAAUCUACUGCUUAUAUGUCUAUGUGUCUGUCUUUAGAGAGACAACUCGUUAUCGUGAGAUUGAACGUGAAUCACCAACAGAUCCAGUAGGAGUUGGCGCACAGCAAAAAUCGCUGCCGUUCCGUUCCGGUCUCGGUGAAAAUCCCAGUCCUGGUCUUUGUCCUGAUUUUACCCUUUUGUUUCUUUCAGCUCCGUGACGCCUUCAAGGACGUGAAGAAGCGCUUCAGUAACCUGAAGUUUAACUACAUGAAGAGGAACGACAGGACCAGGAACAUGAAGGCCGUCAGGAACCAGCUGCAGCAGGUGGAGGUGUUCGAGGAGAAGUUACAGGUAGGUCCAGGCUUCAGCUCCACGUCACCAUCAACCCCGUUAAAAGAAGACCAGGACUCUGACUCUUGGUGGUCUGGAGAUCUUAGGAGAUGGUUUGUGUUCGGUUCACUUCUCAGAUCUUCUCUGUCUGCUCCUGCAGGCUCUCAGGAAACGUCUUCAGAGUGUGACCGCACGGUUGGGGUCAGAGGUCAAAGAUGGGGGCGUGGCUCGGGAGGCGGAGGACGCCAUCAACGAGCUGCAGAGACAGAUGGGAGAGUUUGAGCGAGGAGUCAGUGAACACCAGAGAACAUUGGAAAUGACCUGCAGACUUCAGCAGGCCAUGGAGGAGGUGAUCCACCCCCUUCAGCUCAACCAUCAAAACCUGGUCUGAAGUCCAGCAGGGAGGACCGCUAACAUCUCCUCUGUUCAACAGUAUCAGUUCUGGUGUGAGGAGGCCAGCGCCACCAUCGCUCGGGUGGGGAAGUUCUCCUCGCAGUGUCGCAGCACGGAGGCCGUCGCCGUCCUCCACCAGCAGUUUGAGAAGUUCGUGUGGCCCACGGUUCCUCAGCAGGAGGAGAGGAUCAGUCAGAUCAGCGAGCUGGCGGUCAGACUCCACGGUGAGAGACGAGGCGGAGAUACAGACUGAGCUGAUCGUUUUGAUCGUUGAUUCAACGUCUGAGGGAUUUAUUUUCAUCACUGAUCCAUCUCUCCGGGUUUUAGUUUUUUAGCUCCUGCUCGCUCGUAUCGUUCCAGUUAAAUUCAGAUAUAAUGCAGAUAAAUCCUUCAGAUCAUUACAAAUGGGGCCCAGUCAAGGUGAAAGUCAAAAGCAUUGGUGCUACUGUAGAUGCCAACAGACUACCAGCAAACACAAUGUUUGCAGGACUUCUACAACGAGGAUAAAGUGACAUAGUCCAGGACCCGAGGGAGGACAGUUUAGCGAUGGCGCUACAACACGCUACAGCAGGUCCGUUUGACAAGAAACACUUCUGUUACAGACACUUGUCUUACUUUGUUAAAGCGGUUUACCUGUCCAGCAGAAAGGUUACAGGGUCACCAAGAUCCCCAAGUGUCCCCCAUCAUUUAUGUUGACCCGGCUUUUUAGCUCUUGUCCGGUCUACCUCCGUUUUAAGCGCCCGUUAUUCCUCCAGAGUCUCCGGUAUUUACUCUGUUUUCUUGCUUGUGUCGGCAGUCGUGGCCAAAGGAGGAUUCAGACAAUUUUCCGAACUUUCUGGUUGGUUUCUACUGUCCGAUAUAUCCGUUAAAAAAGAUGCUUCUUUAACGGAUUCCUGCCUACAACACCUCUAAUGACACACGUUGACAGAUAUUAGUCACUGAUUUUAUAUUCGUUAAAACAAUCAGAUCAUAACAAUUAAACAAUAUAUUAACAUGUGUGUGUGUGUGUGUGUGUGUGUGUGUGUGUGUGUGUGUGUGUGUGUGUGUGUUUCAGGGGCGGAGGAGGGGCAGCGGUACAUCGAGAGGACGGUCAGUAAACACUCAGAGAUGGUGGAGUCCAUCAGAGAGCUGAGUGACGGACUGAUGCAGCUGGAGGCCAAACUGAAGGUGGAGCAGAAACAGGAGUUCAUGAGGAACCACAGUCUUCAUCUUUGGCUGCUUCAUCAUUAUUGAUUAUCAUUGAUUAUUAUUGAUUAUGAUGAUUUUAAAAUGAGGCACACGAAUCUCUCUUCAGAAUCCAAAAAUACGUAAUCUGAUUGUUGAUGUUUCCAGAUGGAGAAGCUCGGUCAGCAGCAGGAAGAGGAAAAGAAAGAGAGAGAGACGGAGAGAAGGAGAGAGGAUGAGAUGGAGGAAAAAGAGAAGAAGGGAAACAGGAAGUGGAAGAAGAAAGAAACGACGGAUCAGAGCAGGAUCACUCAGGAGACGACAGAAAUGGUAAAGAGAGGAUUUCCUCCUGAGUCCGAACAUGAACCUGACCUCAUGAUGUUAAAGCUCCUCUGUGUUUCCAGUACGAGCUGAAGGAGACGGGACACACCCCUGAACUGACCGCUGAGCAUGAUGGGAAGGAUGUUCCUGUGAAGAGGCAGACAGCAGCCAAUAGGAGGCCUCCGUCCCAGAGGAGCAGCAGUCAGGAAGCAGACACUCGGACAGUCAUCCCAGAGAGCAGGUCCAGUAAAGCGGGACGUGGUCUUCAGACCUCAGUAUCUUCAUUAGUGCAGCAGUCCUGAUACUCUCUGUGUUGACUCUUUCAGCGCCGAGCUGCAGCCACACAGAGGGAGCUCCUCCUCCUCCUCCUCCUCCUACUGCUCCACACACACCUUCAGUCUCUCCUGUUCCGCUAUGGAGGCCAACCGAAGAAUCCACGCCAUCCACAGCCAAUCAAAACCUGAAGAGCUUCAGGCCACGCCUCCUCUCUCUGGGAUCUGUCCAUCAUCGUUUCCUGACGUCCAGAGGGAGUUUCAGAGCAAAGACCCCCCCAAAACCAGUCAGCAGGUGGUCUCUGCUCCUCUCUGCCAGGUCAGUCUGCCAAGUCUGGGUCCUCAUAUGCUGUCGUUGUUUCGUUUAUUCGUUUAUUUUUUUAAUUUUCUUUUUUUAUUGGUUUCACAAACGUGCGUACUCGAUGUCAGACCUGUGGUGAGAUCUGGUCGUAUCGUUCGCUCAUGUUCAAGUUGAUAAAUAAGGGCCAACGUCUUUACUGCACAAAGUCUGAGACACCAAAUCAACCCGGUUUUUAAAAGUCUCUGUUUUCAGUCGAGAUGAGAAAGUCAGCUUCUCCUGAUUCUAUAUUUAUCGAUCAUUACCUCGAACCAUCUGUUCAUCUGUUUUUAGACACUUUCUACUGAUGGACUUUUUAGUCCCACCAACAUGAUUGUAAAUCUGUGUUUUUCUCCUGACCUUCUUCUCUCUUCGUUCUCUUUUCACAAAUAUAAAACUUCAAAUCUAAGUGGAAGUUUUAUCUCCUGACAGUAAGGUAUAAAACCAGAACAUCCUCACAAUUAAAACCAUAAUCGGCCUUAUUCUCUCCACAUCGUCUCCAACGUCGUGUCUCCAGAUUUCUGAAUAUCUGACAAUAUUCUUCCAACCAUGUUUUCUCCAUCAGAGGGCGCUGUUGUCCAUAUGAUGUCAUUUUAAGUGUUAAUUAAAAGUUUACGUCCUCAGUCCUAACUGUGAGUUCUCCUGGUCUGACCCUGAUCCGUGUGUCAGGAUGGAUCCGGUCUGUCAGAGUCCGAGCUCCAGUUUCAGGAGGAGAUGACGGACGAUUCUCUCUCCAACGACGAAUACGAGUGUGCCUCACCUGACGACAUCUCCCUCCCACCGCUGGCAGAGACACCUGAGUCCAUCCUGGUCCAAUCAGAUGUCGAGGAGAGCGUCUGUUUUAGUUCCCACAGUGUCCACAUCAGCCACUCCAGCCAUCAGAACCGAUUACAGUCGGACCGCGCUGGGAACAGCUCUGCUGGUCCAGUACAACAACGGACGGAGUCUGGUGGCCCAAGUCUUCAGAGCAGGACCAGGUCUGUGUUCGGACAAAUCCCUGAGCCCACAUAGAAAAACCAGUUCGGUUCUUUUAGAUUCAGGGUCGGCAAACGAAGAACCGACCCGGUAUUCUUUUUACAGCAUUUUUAAAAGGAAACUGUAAAUGUUUGAGGUUCGAGCCCGACUUUGAUUAAAGACGAUCAAACCACAGCAAUGACGUUGGCGACACAGCCCUCGUCUUUAAUGGACUAAACUCACCGCCCCGGGUCACAACCGAUCUCUACCUUCAGCGGAGGGGGGCUGCGACUUUUGAUGUUGUCAAAUGUUUUAGUGGAUGUUCUUCUAACUGAGAUACAGUUGAGGUGAUGAGUUAGUGUUAGCCUGCUAGUGUUAGCCUUGUCGCUACCUGAUCCAUCACAGAAACCUGAUUUGUACUGAGCAUGUGCGAAACGUACGUCACUUCCUCUACUCGCCAUCUUUGCGGCAGCUCAGUAAUUCAGUAAACUCAGUAAAUCUUUCUGUUUGGGUUACAGGUUCAGAUCUGAGUCCAGUUCCUUUGUCCACGGUCAGCUGACAGUUCCUGCUUCAAGUCCUCUCACCAGCGUCCCGGUGACCAGAGAGACCAACAUCCCCCCAAGUACUGAGUGUUCAGGGGGGGACCAGGAACCAAGUUUGUCCCCGAAAUCUAAUCCAGUCCACAAGACCAGCGCCCAAGAUUCUGGUUCCAGCACAGACAGUAAAGUUCCUGAGGAAAGUCCUCACUUUAAGGAUCCUGAACCUGGUCUUCAAAAACCAAAGACCGCUCCACAAGACCCUGGACUCCUCAAACGAUGUUCUCCUCAGUAUCAGAGAAGAACCGCCAUCACCAAAGAGAGAAGGUCCCCCCAGACUGUCCCCGACUCUGGGAGGGGCUGCCAUCAGGGUGAGGUUUCGGUCCAAACAGACCCGGUCUACAGACCACAAAGGGGGGAUCAGAACAGCACCAGGAAGAGUAAAACCAGCAGUCCUAGUACCUGGUCCCAAGCCUGCAGUGACCCUUCUGCAGCCCAAGAAGGACCUUUGUCCAAGAGCAAGAAGAUCUCAAAGAUGCACCGGGUCCUUCAGGUCAGCGGGGGCGCUGAGAGUCCCGGCCUUGGAGGUUCUGAUCCAGCAGACAUCAGUGAAACAUGCCUCCAAACAAGUACAACCCUGACCCGGGACCGCAAACUCCCACAGUCGGACCAGGAUUCAAGGAGCGGUCUGGAUUCCCCUGAAACCAGCGGGAAAACAUCUUCAGUCUCCAGCAGCCGAACCACAAGAACCGCAGUGAUCCAACAAACUGUUCACAGUCCGGCCUUAACCCCAGAGGAUCCAGAAACCAGCAGCAGGACCAGGUCCCUCUCUCAGGGGGGUGGAGGUCUACCUGAGGGGCCAAACAUGAACACGUCCAGCAGAACCAUCACAAGUUCUCGUACAUUCAGCAGCAAGCAGGGCCUUCAGACAGUCUCCUCCCUUAGAGGGUCCACCUGUACUCAGCCCAGUCUGCAUGACUCUGGCCUAACCCCCCCCAGCAGCCGCCCCGCCCGGCCCGAAGCUCAGACCCCAGCUUUGGCACAGCAGGCUAAUCCGCAUGUACCCCCACUUCCCUCUCCACCUCAUCUACUAACUUCAGAUCCAGAUCCAAACAUUUGUCAGCCCACAGCCGUCCGCGAGGAGAUCCAGCUAACUCCUCAGAUCCAGGGGCCUCCCCUUCCUGCUCCUCCUCCUCCUCAUCCCCAGGUCCAGGCAGAGUCUCUUCCCCAGGGGAAAGCCUCUAAAACGGGCCCUCCCUGCUUUACCAGGCCUCUGUCUAGAGCUACCCUCAUGGAGGGCUCUCCAGUGACGCUAGAGGUGGAGGUGGCGGGAGACCCAGAGCCCGCACUCACCUGGUGGGUAGCAUAUAACCAGCUCCACAAUGUCACACACCAUGAAUGAAACAGACGCUCAGUUUGCUUUAGAGCACUAGUUCUCAGCUGGUCCUUCAGUCGCGACCCACUUUAAUAAAAUUCAAACCAAGAAACUUUAUUUCUUAUUAAAAAAAACCUCUAAAGACUUUAAUUUAAAUAAACCGUUUUUAUUGAGUGAAGUGCGUUUCAGAGCGCAUGAACUGAAGACGACAACUUCUGAAGUUCCGUAUACAGGAAAUAUCCCCUAAACAUUCAAAUAUCUCCAUGUGUUUUUUCAGGUCCUUAAAAUGAUCAUUACUCCUUUGUUUUCAUUCUAGACCAGGAACACUGGCGCCUGAUUCGUGUUUGACCAUGUGAUAUUCUAAUUAGCAUAUUUGUUUGAUAGAGAAGUGAUUACAAGUAAAACUAGUAUGUAAAUUAGUGCAUAUUUAAUUAGAUAUGACCUCAUUUUCAUGGGGGAGUCUGAAGUUUCAUGGUGAUAUCUGUUAGUUAAAAAUUUUACCCUAUUCACCUGGGAUCUUGAAAAUGACGCCUGUCUCGUGGUCAAACUUUGGUCAACUUUGAGUUUGUUGUUAAGGAAAUCUAAUCCUAUAAAAAACAGCUGAGAGACCUUUGUUUAGGGUUAGGUGUUUGUGUUUUUCGUCUAAAGUGUGAGGUUGAGAUGGGAGGAUCCUGGAGCUCAGAGAGGAGAGGAGCUCAGCGCCUCUGUUUCUGCUCCUGUGUGCUUCCAGCUGUUAACUGUAAUGAUCUGAGCUGCAGUGAGUUUUAAUAUCAGAGUUUUCUACUAACACGUCAUCACUCUGAGUCAGCUGUUUUUGAUUAACCUCAGUGUGAUCUUCUUCUUCUUCUUCUGUCUGUGUCUCAGUAACAAACACUAAACCUGUAAACUCAGAACCUCAGAGUUCAGCUCAGUUUUAGUUUGGAGGUCUGGUGAGAGACCAUGAGAGUAUCAGGGCUCGCUGUGAGUCUGUCUGACCUCCUGUCAUCAUGGUCGCUUCAGGUCUAAAGAAGAAGGAGGAGGGCUGUCAGCAGCUGAUCCAGACCAGGAACCGGUCCUGUGUGUCCCUGUGAAGUCUUCAGACUCAGAAGGGGGGUUAAAGGAGGUCCAGGCUGCUGAAGUCCACGAGUCCCUGCAGACAGCUGGAAACAGCAGCAGCAGCAGCGGCGGUGAUGGUGAUUGGCUGGUGACUGAAGUGUUUCACAUCAUCAGUGCGGACUGGCACACCUGGUUCGGGACUCUGUGUUUCCUGCUCUGGCUGCUCUACCUGAUCCUUCUCUGAGUCCUCACAUGGAAGUUCAAGGUGUGUUCAGACCCAGCUGGAGCAGCUCUGAAGUGUGAGGAACUCUGGAUGAUCAUAACUUUAAAAACCUUCUUAUCAUCCUGUCACUGAAUGAAGAGGUCAGUCUGCAGUAAAAGUCAAUGUCAGCUUUAUUUAUAUAACACAUUUAAAAACAGAUAAACAUAGAAAGUAAAUGAAAGACCCAAUAAAAGGAGCUAAAGUGAACAGGUGUGUCUUCAGAAGGGUUUUAACGCAGUCAGGGGGACAGCCACGACAGAAAAUCCUCGAUCUGGAUUUGAAAAAGGAUCGAGGAACGUCUAAAACCACCUGAAGUCAGGAGAGAGUCAAGUUAAGAGAGUGAAUACUAGGAUUAAUAAGAUCUGAUAUUUAGCUCUGAAACAUGAAUUAAAUCUGGAGACAGGUGAGAAAUUCACUGACCGUAAAAACAUAAAUGUUUGUUUGAAUGCUGGACUCUGGAUUUGUAUAAAGAGGCUGAAAUAAAGGGUCAAUAACUUG